GGUCAAUUCAUAUACAGACAGUAUAUCAAGAAAAAUGGAGCUGAAACUUUUGACCAUCGUAUUUGUAGUCACUUUUGGCCAGGAGGACCCCGUUGUCCGUAUCACUGACACAGCGUCUGUAAGGGGGAUUAUUUCCUAUGUACCGGACAACCCUAGACCCGCCUACAACUUUCUUGGGAUUCCCUAUGCAGCGCCACCUAUAGGUGACAACAGAUUCAGGGUAACCCAGCCCUUCCAGAUGUGGACGGGAGAGCGAGAUGCAACCGAAUAUGGUUCAUCUUGUCCCCAGCUUAAUUCCUUUGAUUAUGAUGAAGACUGUCUGUUCUUGAACAUCUGGACUCCCACCCUAGACCCAACGGCCAACAAAGCUGUUAUGCUGUACAUACACGGUGGCAGCAUGAGAUCGGGAAGUGGAAUGCGGAAUGGUACGGGGUUUGCUGUACUGCAAGAUGUCAUCAAAGUGGCAAUCAACUAUAGGCUUGGAGUUCUUGGAUUUUGGACAACUGGAGAUGCUCAGGCGCCAGGCAACUAUGGAUUUCUGGACCAACAGUUUGCAAUUCAGUGGGUGAGACAGCACAUUGCAGCAUUUGGGGGUGAUCCUAACAGGAUCACGAUCUAUGGGGCUAGUGCAGGUGGUGUUAGUGUCUCAGCCCAAGUUCUGUCUCCAAUGAAUGCUGGACUUGUUACCAGGGCGAUAUCUCAGAGUGGAGUUGCCAUAGCAGCCAACAGAGUGAACCCAUAUUUCAUAGAAACACCUAAAAGCGACCUGAUAGCGCUUUCUGUAGGUUGUGUGGAUACAGACCCUGGUCUCGUAGUGGCCUGUAUGAGACUUCUCGACAUGGAAACUAUACUAAGACACGAAGCAGGAGUCUGGCCUGAGCCAGUUAUUGAUGGUACCUUUAUGCCUGAUUACCCUAUCAACUUGUACAACCAGGGAAGAUUCAAUAAGAUUCCAUAUAUACUGGGUUUCAACAGGGAUGAAGGAUGGACGUUUAGUGGUUGGACUCCUCCUACUCGUGAAAAUAUCAGAGGUCUAAUCACUAGUUAUACAGAACGCAUGUUUCAUGACAACACGGAGGAAAUUGUGAAUGAGGCAAUGGCUUUGUAUGUACCUGGUGCCAUAGAUGUUGAAUAUGACAAUGAUACGACUGCAGAGCUUCUGCCAUGGAACACUAUCUGGGCAAAUAAUUAUUCAAACUUUGUCGGUGAUCUAAGAUACUUAGGACCAUCUAAUGAUGUAGCAAGGAAACAUGCAGUACACGCCGACACCUACAUGUACUUCUUCAACCAUAGACCCAACUACUCCACCCGACCAGCUUGGACCUCUGCUGUGCAUAGUGACGAGGCCCCAUAUGUUGAGGGGGAUCCAUUCACCGACCCAGACGGAAGAGAUUACAGCGAUGAAGGCAGGACACUAAGCUCUAGUGUCAUGACAUACUGGGCAAAUUUUGCUAAAACAGGUGACCCUAAUAGUGAGGGCCGAGUUGUCUGGCCAAAGGUGACAUGUACUGGUAUAGACCAUCUGGAACUGGUUGGAACUGGUAUCACUGCAAGAACCAACUAUCAGCCAGCCAGGAUGAACUUUUGGAUGGAGAGAAUAUAUCAGCUGGACACAACCCACAAUGGAAAUUAUGUGGGCUUUCCUUGGACAUGUCCAUCAUAAAAAUCCUACUAUAUCAGUAUAUCGUAAUAAAUAAAAUAUGAUGACUAUUAGAUUAAUAAUCGAUCAUAAAUAUAG